AUGAUAGCGAUUACGAUGCUUCAAUUAUGGUUCUAUGUUUUGAUCUUUGACUAUCAAUUAGCAGAACAUGCAGUUAAACUUGUACACUCAGAAAUAUCGUACAACCAACCAGAACUAUCACCAUGUGCCCAAUGGAAUGCUUCGGGAAUUACAUUAGUCAGUGAAGUAACACAUGGUUGGAGCCCAGAAACUAUUUUUAUCGAUAGAGAUAAUACGAUCUACGCCAUCGCAUUUAACAAAGAUUAUAUUUACCAAUGGAAUGAAGACAGUGUUAAUAUAAGUAGAAGAAAUUUCCAUAAUUUGAUCGGACCUUUAGAUCUCUUUAUUACAUCACCUGACAAUUUCUAUUUCAUGACUGGUUAUUCAAAUGCUCGAAUAACUAAAUGGAAUCCAAAUACAUUUGAUACUGUACCCAUCGUGCAUUUUUGCGAACGAUGUUUCGAUAUAUUUAUCGCUAUCAACAAUGUACUUUAUUGUUCCAUGGAAGAUCGACAUCAAAUUGCAACAAAAGCAUUAUAUGAGAAUUCAUCCACGAUCGAUAUUGUUGCAGGUAUCGGUAUCGAAGGAUCAAUAUCAAAUAUGCUUCACUAUCCUCAAGGAAUAUUCGUGAACAGUAAUUUUGAUCUAUAUGUAGCUGAUAGAUCAAAUCAUCGAAUUCAAUUAUUCCGUUCAGGAGAAUUCAACGGAACUACAGUCGUUGGACGAUCAGACACAAUUGAUCUAACUCAUCCAUCAAGCGUAACGUUGGAUGCUAAUAAUAAUAUCUAUGUUGUCGAUACCGACAAUCGUCGUAUUGUUGUAUCUGGUCAGUAUGGGUUCCGAUGUUUAGUAGGAUGUAGUCAAGUAUAUGGCGAAGCAUCCGAUCAACUCGCAAAUCCGAAAAGUAUGGCCUUUGAUAACUACGGUAACAUAUAUGUUAUUGAUUCGCAUAAUGAGCGAAUCCAGAAAUUUCUCUUAUCAAACAAUACAUGUAAUUUUACACCAAACGAAACAGUGAUCCGAACAACUAAAAAUAUCACAGCAGUUCCACGCGAUACUAUGUUAACAUCUUUGUCACUUCGAGCUACUAAUGGUCCCACAUAUAUAGAUCAUUGUGACGAGUCAUCCUCAGAUUUCGAUCAUAUCUCAAUGCCAGAAGAUAGCAAACUGCGAAUACAAAUAUAUGUGCAAAUCUUUACAGUGGAUUAUGUGAAUCCGAGAGAUUUAUCUGAAAAUGCACUCUUUAAACUGCGUGGGUCGUGUGAUUUGAAUCAAUUCCAAAUGCCUAUUUAUCUUCAGACCAAUAUAACAUAUGUGCUGGCCAUUGUUACAGCUGAUUUACAAAUGUUAGAACCAUUAUCAGUACAUGUUUUCGGUCCUAACAAUGUGCGCCUUACUCGUGCUGAUACAUCGUUGAACAUAACUUCAGUAUAUUCAUCAGAACUUGAUACUAAAAGUCCGAUGUUUACACGCACUGCUUGUGGGCAGUUGGACUCUCAUUUUGAAGCUGUUAAAUUCACUGUAACUGAGACGGGUGUUUACACAAUCAUUGGGGAUAGUUCUGUUGGUAUGUACGUCUAUCUCUACGAAGACAGUUUCAAUCCAUUUAACCUAAAAACACAACUUAUCGCAGAAAAUCAUAUUUAUGAUGUUUGUGAUUUUCAAUCUCACAUUGUAACUCGUCUUGUGAUGGAUACGAAAUAUGUAUUCGUUGUAGCAACACAGUUUCAGGAUGAUGAGGGAACAUUUUCAGUGUUCGUAUUCGGGCCAAACAAUGUCAGUUUUAAUCGCAUCGACAACAUUCCAUUGGUCGUUCAAUCGAAAUAUUUAUCAGAACUGACUGGAAAUAGUUUAAUAUAUUCACCUACUGGAUGCGGAUUCUUAAAUCAUUACUUUGAAGCUUUGGAACUACAUGUAAUAGAAACGGGCGAUUAUACUAUUACUAGUCAAAGUGUUGGAUAUCCAGAAGGUUCCCUUUACGAAAAUAAUUUCGAUGUAUUUAAUCCUAAACUAAACUUAAUCGAGUUACAUAACGAAAAAUAUGAAUGUUAUAAUGAACCGCAAUUUGUAACUCGUCUUCUCGCGAAUAACAAAUAUAUAUUAGUUGUGACGACAUUACACAAAGGGUUAGAGAUACGUUUUUCGGUGUUGGUAACUGGACCAAAAAAAGUUACUUUCAAGCGUAUUUUGGUGCAAUCAACGUACACAUCGGUACUGACAGAAGAUACUCCAACAUAUCCUCGAGUAUGUGGAAAAGGAAAUUAUCAUUAUGAGACUAUAGAAGUGAAUGUAGAAGAGAGUGGUACUUAUAAUUUCGGAGCGAAUAGUAGCCUUAUGUUAUAUGGUCAGCUCCAUAAAGAUAGUUUUAAUUCACUCAAUCCAACAGAAAACGAACUAACCCAUAGUAAUCGAAGUUGCGAUGGAUAUCGACUAUUUCAUUUUACCGCUCAUCUUGAAAUUAAUACAACGUAUAUUCUACUUGUGACAACAUUUGAACCAAAUCAACAGGGAGAAUUCAUGAUUGUUGCAUGUGGUACGAAGAAUGUGAAUCUUACUCGUCUCGUGAAUAGUCAAAGCAGCUGUGUCAUUGGUGAUCGCUGUCAUUCUUAUACAAAGGGUAUAGGCAUGACAAUCGACGAUAUCUUACGUAAUGAAAUUCAACAAACGACAAUAUUUAGUGAUCAAUCAUUUGUCGUGAAAAUGAGUGCCAUUGUCACGAUGGUUAUGUUUGUCGGAGGUAUGAUUAAUGGUCUUCUCUCUUUGUUAACAUUUCGAAACGUCGAAUUACGAAAGACUGGCUGUGGAAUAUAUCUAUUAGCAUCAUCGGUAACUUCUCUCUUUACUAUUUCGGUAUUUACGUUCAAAUUCUGGUUUGUUCUAUACAAUCAUAUAAAUGUUUCUGUGAAUGCGCCUGUCUUUCGAGAUGUUUGUAUUUUUCUCGAACCAUUUCUAAAAAUUCUCGUGUAUCUCGACACUUGGCUCAACAGUUGUGUCGCUAUUGAACGGGCGGUUAAUGUUUACAAAGGCGUUCAAUUCGAUAAAAAGAAAAGUAGACGUGCUGCUCGAUGGAUCGUUAAGAUCCUACCAAUUUUCAUCGUGGCCACUAUCAUUCAUGAACCUAUGCAUCGACAUUUAUUUGAAUACACUAAUGAGAUCUACGGAUCGGAUGAGAAUCGAAAUCAAACAAACGAAACCAUAAGAUACGAAACAGAAAAAUAUGUCUUAUGUGUUGUAACUUAUCCAAGUUUCGUACAGAAUUACAAUACAACUAUUCUGUUUCUUCAUCUGAUUGUUCCAUUUCUCGCUAAUCUUUGUUCUACUUUGUAUAUUAUUUUUGGAAAUGCUCGUCGAAGAUCAACAAUUCAAACCAAACAAACAUUUCAAGAACUCGUCCUUAAACAAAUCAACGAGCACAAACAACUGAUCGUCAGUCCGUUGAUUCUUCUAGUUUUAUCAUUACCUCGUCUGAUCAUUUCGUUGAUAUCCGGAUGUAUAGAUGCAUCGAAUAAUCCUUCAUUAUAUCUUUGUGCUUAUUUCAUUUCAUUUACUCCAUCAAUGCUUAUUUUCAUUGUAUUUGUACUUCCUUCUGAUUUGUACAUGAAGACAUUCAAAGACUCGCUGCGGAAAUACAGACCACGUUCUCAUCGGUGA